GGCUACAGGACUACAGUUCUCGUUAUUUCUCAAGACCGUUCAAAUCGUGAAGAUAUCUAUCUCGCAUUUCGUCAAGAGAACAAGCUCGUGCAAAAGAAACUCGUAGUCUGCUCCACCAUGGUCAAGAACGUCAACGACGACCAAAUCAAAGCGAUCCUCUAUGGAAACGCCAACGCAAAGAAAAAUGCAGCAUCCGGAGUCAGGCCGGAGAGGUCGAGAAAAGUAGAGAGUGUCAAGCCGUACGAGCGACCGGUCACAAAGCCAGUUUCAACCAAAGGAGCAGAUGGGGCUUGGACUCACGAUCUCUUCCGCAACUCGCUGGUCGACCGAAUCGACUCGACGUCAGGCUCGGCGUCAGGGGGAAAGAGGGACCUCUUAGCAGACCCUCGACGUCCGGGUUCUUCGGGAGGAAUGGUCUCGGAUCAGAUCGUCCGACAGCCCGCGAAACCGGCUCAGAACAACCGAUUUGGGAGCAGUUCAGGAGCAGGCAAGAGGCCUGUAGAGCUCCUAGGCGGACCCGGGCCGACGAGGACGCCUUCACGUACCCUCGGCGGGCCUGUUCGACCGGUCGUCCCUCAUCGUCAGUCGAGUUCUGGGCAACGCGGGGGUUCUUCGAGAGGUCCUAGGGAACUCCUUGGAUCCAGUACGGGUGUCACUUCGGAGGACGUGGUGAUGAGGAUGGACGAGCCGAGCGGACGAGACCGUAGUUACGGGACGGGUGCCGCUGCGACGUCGACGUCGGCGAUGAGCAUCAGGACGAGACCGGUCGAUCUUACCGUUACCGUCCGGAUCGAUGGGCUCGUCUCGGGAACUUCUGAAUCGGACGUCAAGCACGCCUUUUCCGCACACUUUACUAUCCUCUCCGCUACGUUGACCACGUCGCCUCCCCCCUCUUCCGCUCAACCUAUGAGCAGGGAUACCAUCUCGGCCGAACUCGUCUUCCCCACUCGGACCGAGGGCCAGAAGAUGGUAGACACGUUCAACGGGGUCAUGGCCGAUGGGAACAAGUUGGCCGUCUAUAUCCUCGAACCUCGGCGAGAGGUCGUUGUCGAGUCGCCUUCGCCUACGGUACCCCGGUUCGAGUCUCUACAGCAGCAACAGGGGCUGAAGCUGUCUGAAAGGAUGGGUUUUGCCGCGGGGCCUCUGUCGGGCAGGAUCGGUGUCAGCUCCAGCGGCGGUGCAGGGACAGGGGCGAGGGCAGGAGCUGCAGACGAGUCGAGGUCUACGGAUAGGAAGCGGGAGAACAGGGGCAACCUCUUGAACCACGCCAUGAGGGGUGCGACGGGGAGAGAAGUACAGAUGGGUCCGCAAGAGGAUUUGCUGAGUUCGGGUGGGAUCGGCAAAAUGUAUUCGGACACUAUUCUGCAGACCGACCCUUAUGCGACGGUCAUCACCCUCGAAGAGGAACAAGAACAAGAAGAAGCCAGGGCGAGCGCUCGUCAUUCGGCCCGGUCGCAGAGACAGCGCCCAUAUGACCAACAAGCGCCCAAAGGGAAAGGGAGGGGUUCUUUGGCCAAUAGGUUGGGAGGGGACAGGUCUGGACGACCUGCGGGGCGACAGGGAGGACAAAGUUUGGCUAGCAGGUUGUCCUGAGAGCUCGAGAGACAAGGGGUUGAGGAAAGAUGCGAGUCGGACUAUACCAUAUGGGUGGUGGAUGUAUGAUUAUGGGUCUUUUACGGUGCAAGCAUACGUAUUCUUCUGUACAUUGUGACUUUCGGCCGCAAGCUGUGUAAACAUUUGGGAUAGAACGAACGAGUCGUGAAUGAUCAGGC